AUGGAAGGGCCGGGGCACCAGGUGUGGCCGGGGUUGAUGGCAUCCAUCGGCCCUGCCUCUCAGCCCCCUCCCCCUCCUGCCCCCAUGGCUCUCCGGCACAGAGGGGCCUCAGGGUCCGGUCUGGCCAUGCUGUCGGGGACGGGGCUGCUGCUGCUGUUGCUGGAGCUCCUGCUGGGCGGGCGGCCGGGCACCAGAGGUAAUCCAGCAGAGAAUCCACCUGUCCAGGUGAAUGGGAUCCUGGGGGGAUCCGCCUCUUUCCCUCUCAAGUUACCUGCAACACAAACAGUGGCUAGAAUUGAGUGGACUUUGCGAGCAGGUUCUGAUCCAGAAGUGGUGAUUGCUGAACUGAAGGAUGGGAAACUGGAAUUGCAGAAUACCAGGGAGAGGUUCAGGCAGCGGCUGGAGAUGGCGGAUGGGACCACGCUAAGGAUCAGAGCCCUGGAGAAGAAGGACAACAGUACGUUGGAGGUUCGAGUUGUGUUUACCUCUAGAGAGGUUCUCAGGCAGACCUUCCACCUCUCUAUCUUUGAGCCUGUCCCGGAUCCAGAGAUUCGCCCCCACCUGGUCUCCAGGACAGCAGAGGUGUGCAACGUGACCCUGCAUUGCCUGGCAUCUGAAAAGAGGGGAAUUGAGGUCUCCUGGAAAAGGGGGAACUCUUCUGAUCAGCCGGGUGUCCCGGAAGAAGGUUCAGACACGGAUCUCCACGUCUCCUGGCGGCCCAACUCCCUGGACUCCACCUUCACCUGCCUGCUCAGCAACCCCGCUGACCAGAAGAGCGCCUCGUUGGACCUGGCCAGCAUCUGCCGGAGUGAAGAUGACGGUCGUCCCGUAUACGUGUGGAUCCUUGGUCUUGUGCCGUUUCUUAUCCUGGUUGCAGGUGUGGGGAUUUGGCUGUGGAAGAAAAGGUCACGCCCAAAAGCUCUUCCCUUGACGAAGUCUGAGAAGAGAGUCCCUCCCGAGUAUCCGGAGGUGCAAAAGAAGAGGAGCCCCCCAGAAGGUGAUGAUAAUCAGGAUCCUGACCAUUUCUCUCCAUGCCUGCUAGAGAUUCCCCCGGUGACGCCCCCUGUAAAAUCCAUCUAUGCUACACUGCAAAUCUCUUGCUAAGGAAGAUGGUGCCUUUGCCAGAACUUGCCUUCCCUAUCAUUG